UGGUGCGCGCGAGCGAAGACGAAAAAGGGGGGCAGAGCGCGAGCGCGCGACAGAGAGGAAGAGAAAAAACUCCCAGCAGGCCGAAACGGGGUCACGAACUAUGACCUUUCACAGGAGAAAAACAAUAACAAAUCAUUUGGAUUAAUCGUAACGAUUAUAAAAAUACGUCAACUAACUUCAUAGGUCCAUCGGGACAUAACAGAUGCAGCAGUGGCCUUGCUUCAGUAAGACACUGCUAAUGAUCUUAUAUCAGCAUGACAACCAAUCUGGCGAUGCUGGCUCAGCAGAUAGUGACCACUGAGCAGGUAGCCGAGACACAGGCAUCUCCAGCAGACAGCCCGCUGAUGAGUGCUUCUCCACAGCGCAUUCAGAUCAUCUCCACUGACUCCUCUGUCACCACACCACAGAGAAUACAGAUUGUGACGGAUCAGCAGACGGGACAGAAGAUCCAGAUUGUGACGGCUGUGGAUCCGACAAGCGUGCCCAAGCAGCAGUUUAUCCUGGCUGCUCAUGAUGGAACUGCAACAGGCAAAGUCAUACUGGCGUCCCCCAGCAGCCCCAGUACUAAACAGCUCAUCUUUACCACAGCUGACAGCCUGGUACCUGGUCAAAUACAGUUUGUCACAGAUGCAGUCUCGGUGGAGAGAAUUCUGGGUAAAGGAGGAGAGUUAGGCCGGCAACAGCCUGUAGAGUACUGCGUCGUGUGUGGAGACAAAGCCUCCGGGAGGCAUUAUGGAGCUGUUAGCUGUGAGGGCUGCAAGGGGUUCUUCAAGCGCAGCGUAAGGAAAAGUCUGACCUACAGUUGCCGCAGCAACCAAGACUGUGUAGUCAACAAGCACCAUCGCAACCGCUGCCAAUUCUGCCGCCUCAGGAAGUGCCUCGAGAUGGGCAUGAGGAUGGAGUCUGUGCAGAGCGAAAGGAAGCCGUUAGACCUGCCUAGAGAAAAACCUGCGAAUUGUGCUGCCUCAACUGAGAAGAUCUACAUCCGAAAAGAUUUGCGAAGUCCCCUUAUAGCAACGCCGACAUUCAUCACAGAAAAAGACGGCACACGCUCUGGGUUACUGGACCCUGGGAUGCUGGUGAACAUCCAACAACCUGUCAUCCAAGCAGACGGCACGUUACUCUUAGCAACAGACACCAAGACAGAGAGCAGCCAUGGGGAUUUAGGCACACUGGCCAAUGUGGUGACAUCAUUAGCAAGUCUUAGCGAGUCACUCAAUAAUGGGGAUGGAGACAUUACAGCCAGCCAACAGGAGGAGUCUGCUAGUGAAAUCACACGUGCCUUUGACACUCUGGCCAAAGCGUUAAACCCUAACGAGGAAGGGGAGGGGCAAAGCCUGUCAGAGGCGGAGUGUGUGGGCGGAGCAACUAUACAGGUCAUCAGCAGAGAUCAGGUUACACCUCUUAUAGAAGUGGAGGGUCCUCUGCUCACGGACACGCACGUCAACUUUAAGCUGACAAUGCCCAGUCCCAUGCCCGAGUAUCUGAAUGUCCAUUAUAUUUGCGAGUCCGCCUCCCGCCUGCUGUUUCUCUCCAUGCACUGGGCACGCUCAAUCCCAGCCUUCCUAGCUCUCGGGCAGGAGUGUAACACGUCUCUGAUACGAGCAUGCUGGAAUGAGCUGUUCACUCUCGGCCUGGCGCAGUGUGCCCAGGUCAUGAGCCUCUCCACCAUCCUGGCUGCCAUCGUCAACCAUCUGCAGAGCAACAUCCAGGAGGACAAGCUGUCUGGUGAACGAGUGAAGUUGGUGAUGGAGCACAUCUGGAAACUGCAGGAGUUCUGCAACAGCAUGGCCAAGCUGGAGACGGACGGCUAUGAGUACGCCUACCUGAAAGCCAUCGUCCUCUUCAGUCCAGCGCUGUGGAAUGUCUGCAGUACAAACCACCCAGGCCUGAACAGCAGCAGCCAGAUCAAGAAGUUUCAGGAGAAAGCUCAGAUGGAGCUGCAGGAUUACGUACAGAAGACUUAUCCAGAUGACUCAUACAGAUUGGCGCGAACGCUGAUGCGUCUGCCGGCUCUGCGUCUGAUGAGCUCCAGCAUAACGGAAGAACUUUUCUUCACCGGGCUGAUCGGAAACGUACCUAUUGACAGCAUCAUACCCUACAUCCUCAAAAUGGAGACCGCCGAUUACAACAGCCAAAUCACUGGUCCCACCGCAUGACUCCAGAGCGGCCUGUUUUGAUCUACAGGUGCAGACUGAAAUCCUACAAUCUCCCGUCGUCACUUGCCUUCAUUGCAAAGCAAUGCAAAACUUAGGACCAUUACUUUGUUACUGUAGUGUUUUUUAUUUUCCCUUUUUGUGUCGAGAAUUUCAUUUUCCUAACAAACAGCUGUAUCAGUCACUCUGUCUGACUGAAUCUUACUUUUUUUUUUUUUUGUACUUUAUUCUUAAGUACACUUACUUAAGGUUUGCAUUUCAACUUCACCUUGUUUUAUUUUUCCGCAAAGGAAAAUCGGCUCUUUUUAAGCACUCGAUAUGACUAAGGAGAAAACGUAUCAUGCGCACGCUUUUGUAUUAUUUUAAGAGCUAUGUAUUAAGGAUUUGACUCCUCAGUGAACUGUACUAGUGUUUUAGUAGUGUAAUGGAAAUCAGGCCAUGUUCAGUUAGGAUCCUGAAAAUAACCUCAUUGUGAAUUCUUAUGCAAAAGAAGUUACAUGGGUCUCUCUGUGACCCGGGGUCCAAUCCUGCCUUCUAUUAUGUAUUAAAUAUAUGAGAAAGAGAGGGAGAGAGAAGGAGAGAUGAGACCCUGAUAAACAGGCACUAUUAGUUUUAGGAUCUAUUUCGCGGACGUACGUUAAGCUUAGCUUUGCACUAAAUUGCAAUGUCAGCGCUGAUCCAUUAUUUAUAAUGUAGUUUUAAGCCGUAGUUCCGGCGUACUUCACGUUUUAUGUAUACCAGAUACAUGCCAAAUCAGUUUCUUUAACUGCUACUGUCUUGGUAUUGAACCUCUGCUUUUCAGACAAUCAGCCUAUAAAAGGAUAACGCACUUAUCCUGGACGAUUCAUCACUUUUCCAUCAUUUACUUUACUAAUAUUUCCUCCAUCCUUCAACCUGUUCAGUUGUAUUUAUUUGAACAAUCCCUCGUUAUAUAUCAGCUCCGGCCUUCUAUCAAUAGUUAGUAAUUUGAUAGCAGUCUCACGUUAUAGAACUAUCUGAGAGCAUUCUCAGUGGAAAAUAAUGUAGUGAGCUUUAUUGUACCAGCAGGUUUCACACAAUUAGUAUUCCAUUAUGCUUUAAUUUAUUCAUCAUAAACAAGCUGUCGGGGCUCCUGUGUGUUUUCUGCCAUAUGAAAUCAUGACAGCUCUCUUCUGUGAAACGUACUCAAAGUACAAUCAUGCACUUAUGACUAUUAUAUGAGAGUUUGAAAUGCAACUAUUUGCCCUUUGUAGGGUGGAUUUCAAAGAUAAGGAGAUGAAUAUCUACAUACCGGAAAUGUAUAUGUACUGUAUAAAAAGCCUACCUAAAUAUUUGGGUUUAAAACCCAUUAAGACUGUUUUUAUUCGCUGUUGUGAUAUCAUGUUCGAUGAGAUUUCUACUACAUGUAAUUUCAUUCAAAUGAAUGCAUGUCUAUUUUAACCCGUUUUUCAUUCGAUCUCUCUGGUGACGAGAUGUUAAACUUUUUGUAUAUAAUGCAUGGAAUAGUUAAUGCAUUUUUGUUAAAUGCUGUACCAAGAUGGCGUAUAAAUGUCGUGGCUUAGAAAUACAUAUUUAUGUGCCAGAGACUAUAAGCAAGCAAGUUAUCUUUUCUUUUCUUUUUUCUUUUUCUUUUUUUUUUUUUUUGAUGAUUACUCAUUUAUGUACAUUGCAGAGAAACUAAUGACCUCAGUAUCUUGUCAACAAAAGCCUUUUUUAUAUAUAAAAAAAACCACAAAUCAAAACAAAAAAACUUUCAUGUAUGAAAUAGUUGUGUUGGAUGUGUCCUCCUAAGAUUAUAAAAAGAUUAACUAAAAAAGGAACAUAUGUUAUUGACAUUUGA